AUGGCUUCAGCAGCCUCACAUCCUCACGCUCCCAUUUAUUCCAGCAUCUCCCACUCCUCCUCCAUUACCCACCUUCUCUCCAGCACCCACCUCUCCCGUCGCUCCCUCUCCCCCGCCGUCCCGUCCCGUUUCCCGACACACGCGGUGGCAGCCCCGGGAAGGGGCGGGCUGCGCCCCGCGCGGCUGCCGGUGCCGGUAGCUCCGGGCGCGGCGGAGCGGAGCGGUGCGGGGGAGUACGGAAACGGGAACGGGUGGCAUCACCAUGGCUCCCCACUGUCCUACACCCCUGGGGACAUGGCCCUGCAGCUCCUCAGUGUCCCAAAAAAACAAUGGUACAUCACCUGCAGGAUCUUCCCUCCAGCCAAGGAAAUCCUCAAAUUUGCAACGUUUGCUGUGCCAGAGCUUUACUGGAAGAAGUAUUUGCAUGGAUCCUCCACCCCAGUGGAGUGUGUUGCCAAAGCUUCUACAGAACUCCACACUGACUUCCUUCAGCUCCCACUGCCAAAUAAAGUCUUAGAAGGUAGCACUGGCUAUACCCUUUCUAUCCCCAUGGACCACAAAGAGAAGGUGCUGGGGGUCACCUAUCCCUUCCUCUUCAUGGCAAUGUGCUGCUGUGUACCCCAGCUGCAGCCCCAGUACCUAAGUGGGAAUGGGGUGAAAUGGGAAGGGAAGGAAAAAGCUCUUGGAGGGGGAGGCUUGUUCGACGUCGGGCGGGGCUUGGCGGCGGUGAUAGCAUCAGGAGCGAUGCGGCGACGGGGGCAGCGGGGCCUUGGCGAUAGCGGGGACAGAGACGGUGACAGCGGCCAUGCAGAGGGCAGGAAGAGCACGACCCGGCGGCAGCGGAGCCGCCUGGCCUGGUGCCCCAGCCUGCGCACCCUGCUCCUGAACCUGCUCCUCAUCUAUAUCUCCGUGCCCUUCCUCAUCCGCCUCUUCCCCUACAUGCUCACCAAAUUCGUCUUCCUGAAUUUCUUGGCCUUCCCCUUCUUCGUGGACCUUAGGCAGCCAGAGCUGCUUCUGAACAACACCAUCAGCCUGUACCUCACCACCGAGCCAGACAUCACAGUUGGAAUCUGGCACACAGUACCAGGCAGUAGAGCAUCAGAGGCACAGAGCAAGGACCAGCGCUGGUACGAGGAGGCACUUGCUGAUGAUCACCCUGUGAUCAUCUACCUGCAUGGCAAUGGGGGGACCAGAGCUGCAAGCCACCGUGUCCAGUUCUUGAAGAUUAUGGGGGCUGCUGACUUCCACAUCCUGGCUCUUGACUACAGAGGCUAUGGGGACUCCAGUGGGCACCCCACGGAGAGUGGCUUCACCACAGAUGUUCUGGCACUCUAUGACUGGACCAAAGCACGGAGUGGGAACAGCAGCAUCCUCUUCUGGGGACACUCCUUGGGGACAGGGAUUGCCACAAAUGUGGCAAGAAAGCUGCAAGAAGAACGAGGGGUCCAGGUUGAUGCUGUGGUCCUGGAGUCACCCUACACCAACAUCCGUGAUGCAGCUGCUCACAUCCCCAUCACCAAGAUCUACCGCCAGUUCCCGGGGUUCGGGUACCUCAUCCUGGACUCUCUAGCCCUGGGCGACAUGUUCUUCCGCAGCGAUGAGAAUGUGAAGGUGCUGUCCUGCCCGCUCCUUAUCCUGCAUGCAGAAGAUGAUGAUGUGGUGCCUCCACAUCUGGGUCGCAAGCUCUUCGAGACAGCACACAGCGCCUACAAGGACAAAACCAAAGUGAAGUUCAUUACCUUUCCUGAAAAACUUGGCCUGGGCCAUGACUAUAUCUCUUUCAACCCAGAGCUGCCCACCUUGCUGAAAGACUUCUUGAAGAUGAAGUGACAGCAGCUACUGUAUGC